UCUCCCUUCCUUCCAGUGGUGGGCAGGGUCGCUUGUGUUGACAAACAUUCAUUCUCUCACUAGGGUGGGGAUCUAUAGCCUACAUUUUACGAGUCAAAAAGCUGCUAAAUAAACGCUUUAUUAAACAUUGUUAGGAAUAAACACGAAAGGAUUAACGUUACUGAUCGAUAUUAAAUGCAAGUAUGGGUUGCUGCCUGACUGUUGGACCAAAUGAAGCGCUCGUUGUGUCAGGUGCCUGUUGUGGGGCAGAUACAAAGACGUAUGUGGUGGGAGGCUGGGCGUGGGCAUGGUGGCUUAUAUCAGACACCCAGAGAAUUACACUAGAGAUUAUGACACUACAGCCUAAGUGUGAAGACGUGGAGACAGCGGAGGGAGUUGCCAUUACAGUUACAGGAGUUGCUCAAAUCAAGGUUAUGACUGACAAAGACUUGCUAGCUGUUGCCUGUGAGCAGUUUCUGGGAAAAUCUGUCAUCGAAAUCAAGGCUGUGGUCCUGCAAACCCUGGAGGGACAUUUGCGUUCAAUCUUAGGCACUUUAACUGUGGAGCAGAUCUACCAGGACAGAGAUCAGUUUGCUCAGCUGGUAAGGGAGGUGGCUGCUCCUGACGUGGGCCGGAUGGGCAUUGAGAUCCUCAGCUUUACCAUAAAAGAUGUCUAUGAUAAGAUGGACUACUUGAGCUCUCUUGGAAAAACGCAGACAGCGGCUGUACAAAGGGACGCCGACAUCGGAGUGGCCGAGGCAGAGAGGGAUGCUGGGAUUAGAGAAGCUGAGUGCAAGAAAGAAAUGAUGGAUGUGAAGUUCUUGGCGGACACUAAAAUGGCCGACUCCAAGCGAGAGCUGGAGCUGCAGAAAGCUGCUUUCAAUAAAGAAGUGAACACCAAGAAAGCCGAGUCUCAGCUGGCCUAUGAACUGCAGGCAGCGAAAGAGCAGCAGAAGAUCAGAUUGGAGGAGAUUGAAAUCGAGGUGGUGCAGAGGAAAAAGCAGAUCACCAUUGAGGAGAAAGAGAUUGAGAGGACAGAGAAGGAGCUAACCGCUAUGGUCAAGCGUCCCGCUGAAGCCGAGGCUUACAAGAUGAAGCAGCUGGCCGAAGGGCAGAAGUUGAAGAAAGUUCUGACUGCUCAGGCCGAGGCAGAGAAGAUUCGGAAGAUCGGAGAGGCGGAGGCCCUUUCUAUCUCAUGUGUGGGGAGGGCCGAGGCUGAGAGUAUGAGGCUGAAGGCAGAAGCCUACCAGCAGUACGGAGACGCCGCCAAGACUGCACUCGUCCUAGAGGCGCUGCCCAGGAUCGCUGAAAAGGUAUCUGCUCCUUUGGCCAAGACCAAUGAGAUUGUUAUUCUGAGUGGGGACGGCAGUCGUGUGACCGGGGAGGUGAACCGUCUCCUCGCAGAGCUGCCCGUGUCUGUAAAUGCACUCACGGGUGUGGAUCUGUCCAAGAUCCCUCUGUUGCAGAAGAUGACAGGUGCUCAAGCAUGAAGUAAAUCAGUUCCGUCUCCUCCAUGAUAUGUUGUAUGCACUCACAAAAACUGCCUUUGGAAGACUUGGGAAAUCUUUUUUUUUUAUAAAAAAACAAAACAAAAACAAACAAGUAGAUAUUUGAUACCUCUGGUGCCUUAAUGUUUCAUAGGACCAGAAUAUCUGCAUGCACUGCUGCUCACACAUUCCACAAUUCACUCGAUUCUUAAAUCACUUGCCUUUGUGCUGCAUCCGCUGGAUUCAAUGUAAUGUCAGACACCAUUAGAACAAUCAGUUUUGUUUUGUUAUAUUUUUUUUUUUACUUUGUAGUGACAUUACACAGAAUUUUAUCCUAUCACACAUUUUAUUUACAAUUUUAUACACUUCAUUUUCAUCUUUACACUACACAGACACUUUAACACUUAACGGUGAGUCAGCUUUAGAUUACUUAUUUGAAUCCAUCCAAAGUCUACCACUACUUUUUCAUUCAUUUUAGGUCACAUUUCUACCUGAAAAGAGGCGUUGUUGCCAUGAUUUAUAACAUUCAGGAAGAUUGCCAUUGAUGUGGAGUAGCAAGUAGCAUUUAGUGUACUGAGCUCUUGGGCAAUAGCAUUGCCUUACGGGUAAAUAUCUGUCAUCAUAGAUAGAAACAAGCCAAGUGCUUCUCUUAAUAUUAAAUGUUGCAGACACAUAAAUAGACACAUGGCAUUUAUAAUCCGAUCCAUCGACUGAAUUAUCAUUUACUGUAGGUUACCUGAGCUCAUCAAUAGUUCAGAUCACUCUUUGGGACUCUUUUUUUUUUUUUGCCUGUACAUUUUUAUGAUGUUUGAUUGUAUGUGUGCUUUUUGUUUAGUUAAUUUGUAUUUUAGACUCUUAUUGGACAACAUCUGUUUUUCUUCAGUUAUGGAGAGAUUUAUUAUUUGUUGUUGGCGAGCUCUGGAAAUCCAUCCACUGUAAUGCUAUGGAUAUCGUUUCAUGAGAACAGAGUCGAGCCAUUUUUAAAAUAAUUCUGUACAGUUGUAUGACAGCCAUGCCUAACAAAAUCUUUCUAAAUAUUAACCCUAUUUACACUAGAUACUGUAAUAUCUGUCCUGAAAUUUAUUGAAAUAACCUAUUAUGGACAAAAAUGUUCUGUUCUGUAGUAGUUUAUCUAGUUUGUGUUCUCCUUUGUCACUGUGAAAGUUGCAUUACCUCGUUUUCCUCAUUUAGUUCAGAGCGAGUGGCGUGGAGUGGUUUUGAAAUGUUUGUACCUUUAUUCUGCUGUGUUCAGUGAGUGCAGUGAAGGGACAACAAGUCACUUUUCUUUGUCAUUCUAAUGAAAUCCAAAGAGAUUGCACUCCUCUUUGUGAUAAAAAUUAUACAUUUAUAGAUGGCAAUGGUUAUUAUUUGCUUAUCGUCCUUUUUUAUUUAAUCUUUAUAAAACUGAUUUAUUGCUUUAUCAUUAACACUUUUGUAUUCUCAUAGAAAGAGAUUCAAUCAGUCUUUUAUGCGUGUAUUUGAAACACUCAGAUUAUUAUUUUAAAGACGAAUUCCGAACUAUUAAAGCCAUGUCAGGUUUAGCCAUUUAGCAUUAUAGCAUCGUAGACUGUUUAUGUGCUUUGUACGGCAUUGGUAAUGAAAUGUAUGGUGUAUUGGAUAAAUAUUAUAGGAAUCGUAGAACUGUAUGCCAGGAUGAAGCCUAGGUGUACUUUUGCUUUAUUUGGUGAACUGACACACAAACUAACUCCAAAUAUGCCAUUGACAAUAUGGGGAGGAUUUGGUAGUUUUAUAAAUACUAUUUCCACCGAUUUAACUCAGCAUGUUUAUGGUGCAUGUAUUCCAAAUGUAAUAAAUGUAAUGUGAACCUGU